CUUCCAGUUGCUGCUAAAGCCAAAGAAAAGAUAGAUAUUUGAGCGGCAAAAGGAACAACAGCCUUAAUUAGUUAACACAAAGACAAAAGAAAAACAACAAACAUAAAAGGUGGCGCGUGUGAAUCACACACUACUACUUACGUUUCUGUUUGUGUCGAUGGCUACCACCUCUAACGUCAUCCAUACCAAGCUUCUAGAAUUACCAAGAACCAACCGCCACUCCCGGAUCUCAUUCUCCGCCAACAACCACCACCGUGUCUCUGCAACAACCUCCGCCGAGGGACCUUCCUGCAUCUUCGUUGGCCCUCUCGAAACAGCCAAUAAAGAAACCCUCGAAGCUCUCUAUUGCCAAGCACGUGAUGCUUAUUAUAGCGGCGAGCCUUUGAUACUUGAUGACAUGUUUGAUAGAGUAGAGUUAAAGCUAAGAUGGUUUGGUUCAAAGUCAGUUGUCAAGUAUCCUCGAUGCAGUAUCAGGAGGCAAUCAACAUAUGCUGAUGCUGAGGAAGAUCUGUCUAUGGUUCUUGCAUUAGCUAGCACAUGGACCGUGUUCCUUGCAUUUGGAAGUUUAGCGUGUCUUGGGCCAAUAUCAUACACCGUUGGGAUGGCUUAUCAAAAUGCAUUCGAUUCAGGAUUAUCAUAUAGAAGCCAGGCAUCUGCAUUCGAGUUUCUGGCAUCGGUGAAUAGCAUUUUGUUCAUUGUGCUGGGAUUUGUCAUCGGGUACCCAGUUGCGUCAGCUUCAGUUAAGAUACUUCAUGGCCUAUGGAGGAAUGAUUUGGCAGCACUAAGAGGUGCAUGCCCAAAUUGUGGAGAAGAGGUAUUUGCAUUUGUGCGAAUGGACCGGAAUUUUGACUCACCUCACAGAACAGAUUGUCAUGUGUGUGAAUGCUUAUUAGAAUUUCGCACCAACGUGGAGCAAUCAGUUUCAAGACUCGGUAGACAGUGGGUUUAUGGGCGUAUUUACCUUGUUUCACCGAGAGGCAGAUCCCGACGCCAAAGACAACUGUAAAUUUCCUUCCCAGCAUUUGUUACUUGCUUCAGCAAUUGUCAAUAGCAAGGAUCUGAAUACCCAUAAUAUUUUUUCAACAAAAACCAAUUUGGUAUUGUGCAAGUUUUUGGAGGUGAAGUUUUUGAUAUGUAGACUUUUUUUUACAUUUUUCGUUUGAUAUCAGAUCUUAAGUAGAAUUUCCAGGUUUAUUUGAUACUAUUACAUCAUAUAGAAUUUCUAAGAAUAUUGAAUUCUCAUGUAAGGCAGAAAUUGUAACAGAUUUGUCACUGGAUUAUUAUGGAAAUCAAAAUAAUCCUAGAAACUCCAAUGAAAUAAUGAUAUUCAAUAGUACGGGACUAAUUCCUA